AUGGUUCAGGGGUACCGCAAGUGCGUGAGCCUCGACGCAGCCGCGCCUUCGUGCCCCGCCAGCCAGCAGCGGCCGAGCGCUGCGGCAGGGGCGCGCGCCUACCGCAAGAGCGCCAGCCUCGACGCCACGCCGCUGGCGGCGCUGCUGCUAGAGGCGCCCCCCUCCACACACCAGCAGCAGCAGCCAGCCCCACAGCCCGGGGGACAUGCGCCCAUGCCGCCCCAGCACCGACGAGUCGCUGCCUACCAGCAGGUGGCGUCGUGUUCCUGCGCGGGCGGAAGUGCGACGGAAGAGCCCGGGCAGCCGCAGCCACAGCAGGCCACGCCUCCGCUAGGCGACGACGCACGCUUCAGCGACAGCGACGCGGACCUCGACGACGAGUACCUGGACAUGAGCGGGCAGCCGCGCGCGCGCCGGCACAUCUACGAGACGGCGUUCGACUGCCGCGUCGACCGCGCAGCCGCCACCGACGACACCGAGGACAUCGACCGCCUCUCCAACCACCCUGCACUGCACGGUUUCUCCAAGCCCAGCGCCACGCCAGCGGCCGCCGCCCCCGGAGUGGUUUCGCUGGCGCCGCGCGCCGGGCCCUCUGACGACCCGUCCGGCCUGGGCAUCUUCACACCCAAGGACCUCCGGCGGCGCGUGCACCAGCGCCGCGUCACGCUUGUCGACGACACCAGCCUGUCGCGGGACCUCGACUCGCUCGACCUGGACGAGGACGACGAAGACGAGUCUCGCCCGGCGACUGCGGCCGCGGGCGCGGCUGCGGGGGCGGUGGGGGCGGCGCCGUCCCCGCCGUCUACGGCGCCGCUGCCCGCCAAGUUCAGCAAGCCUCCGGGGGCGGGCGCGGGGGCGGCUUCCGGCGCUCGCAGCGCGCCCUGCCUGCCCGCCUCCGCUCCAGAGUCCGGAACCACCGCAGGCCGCCUGAAGGACGCGCGGCUGCCCGUCAAGUCGCUGCGAGCCAGGGAGGGCCGGCCGGCGGCGGGCAGCAAGUUCUCCAGCACGGAGAGCAUGGCGACCAGCAGCAGCGGCGGCAGCCUCGAGUCCAUCCGCUCCAGCACCAGCGAGGGCAACCGCUCCACCAGCAGCUCCGACAGCCGGCGCAGCACCUCGCUCAGCUCGCAUAGCUCAGACUCCAGCGGCGCCGACAGGUACCACCUGCCUCUGGGGAGCGGCAUGCAGACGACGCCCGGCAGCGGCCUGGGCGGCGGCGUGGGCGGCGGCAUGGGUCGCUUCAGCAACAAACUGCACAUCCUGUCGCCCAUUUCCGACAAGUCGUCGCAGGAGCCCGCCUCCUCCACGGAGACGUCGGACAACAACCGCAACAACAACAGCACGCGCGCCUCGCCAGAGGACCAGGGUGGAAUCACCCCCACCAACGAGACCAACACCAACACCAAUGUCACCGCCACCAUCACCACCAGCAACGGGCCCGGCGGCGCAGUGACGCAGGCGGAAGGGCGGUUCGCGAAGCGGCAGCGGGCGCCGCAGAACCGCAACCUGAUCAACCUGAUGGGGCUCCACCAGUCGUCGGGCGAGGCCGAGGUCCAGGGCUCCGACAGCGGCAUCUCCAUAGAGUCGCGCACCGGCCACCAGCACCACCACAGUGGUGAGAGCAGUUACUUGCAGGCGGCGGGCGACUUCUCGGAGCUACCGUUCGACAUGCCCAAGUUGCGGCGGCGGCAGCGCCAACUUCAGCUGCAACAGCAGCAGCUCAGCGACGCCUCCUCCGUGGACCUCGCUGACCUGCCCUUCGACAUGCCCAAGCUGCGGCGGCGCAUGCGCAACUCGCUCGGCGCCGGGCUGGCGCUCUCGUCGGCCGACGCGGGCAGCACCGAGUCCAGCGCGUCUUCGAGUCAGGACGUGCAGGAUGCCUCGCAGCCGUAUACAUCAACCGUACCCGCGCGGCCCGGCCUCAGCCUGAACUUGGGCGGCGGCGACGCGUCGUCGUCCGCAUCGCCUCUUCGACGGCCAGCGCUGUCGCUCGACCUGCCGGCGGGAGUCGCGGCGCAGCCGGGCUCCAUCGACGUCUCCUUGCCGCUCGAGAGGCAGGGGUGGUACCAUGGUGCCUUGUCCAGAGUGGAGGCUGAGAAUGUCCUCAGAGUCCUCCGUGAGGGCUCAUACUUGGUGCGCAACAGCGAGUCAGCCAGACACGACUAUUCACUGUCACUGAAGGGUGCCCGUGGAUUUAUGCACAUGCGUAUCCAGCAAAACAAAGAAUCAGGCAAAUUCAUCCUCGGCCAGUUCAGCAAACCAUUUGACAAUAUUCCUGAGAUGAUUCAGCACUACACAGUCAACCAAUUACCAAUCAGAGGAGCAGAGCAUAUGUGCUUACUGCAUCCAGUGAUAGAACAAUUGCUCUAGCUACUCUCCAGUCCGCCGUGGAUCAUACUGCGGCAGGACUUGUGACUUCAUCGGAUGCUGCUAUUGCUGUGUAUGAAGAAAGUGGGUAUCAUUCAGAACACUGAAUGUCUUACCUACUAACUCAUAAACUGCAGGUGUAAAUCAGUUACCUUGACCUGAGGGAAAAGUCAUCUUUCAACUGCUGCUGUAUGGUCAUGUUGAAUUAAUUCUGGAGCCAUUAUUUCAAAAAGGUUGACAGAAAUUCUGGAAGAAAAUGGUCAGAUUUUUUUUUCUUUUUACCCAGAUGAGAUACCUUCAAGCAACAGACAAAAGAGAAAAGUCUGGAUAUGCCAUUACAUGAACAGUGCAGUGAUUAUAAUUUUGACACUAAUAAUGUUUUAUAACUUGUAUAGCUUUUUAGUAGAUUUAAACCCAUUGUGCAAUGCCUGUAAAAUAGGAGUCCAUGUAGAUAGUUGUCAUGUGGAACAUUCCAAGCCAAAGAGUAGCUGUGAAGAAUUUUAUUAUACAUACAGAUAUCUAUCGACACAGAACAUAAAACAGUAGUUGCUGAACUAUAUUUCUUAGCUAGAAUAGGAUGUUUAUAUUUGUUGUUGCUGUGAUCUCAUUUUCUGUAUGUAUGAGGAGAAACAGUGUUUAUUUUGAAGAUGGGAAGAUUAUAUUUCAAUUGUAGUACUAUUAAGGCAGUUACGAGAGCCAUGUAACCGAGAAAUAUGGCAGAUGCAUCUUGAUUCUUAUGUUGAAGAUACUAGAAUAAUCCUAUUGGCAAAUUCUGUCUUUCAUAUUAUGUUAACAAAUAUUUUUUGUGUAUCUGAAACUGGUAGUAUUCUUGUCUGUUGUCAACAUCAGCCAUUGGAUGUGUGACAAAAAACUGUGCUUACCCCGUUCUGAUGAGCCUUGUCUUAUUUCCUGCUUCACUCUAUAUGUUUUUGUGUUAUGAGAAUGUCUUCUCUUAGUAAAUUUCCUUACUUUUAGUAUAUUUAAUACCUACAUUUAUUUGAAAAUUCAAAAACUCUUACUUCCUUCUGUAAUACAAAAAAAAUUAAUUUUCCCUUUCUUUUCCUUGCAUCCUUUCAGUUUUCAUGCUAGAAAUUCUAUAAAAUAAAUGAGUUACAUGCUUUAAUUCAUUGAGAGCCCCAUUUUAUUACAGUGUAUGCCCUUCAAAGUAUGCUCAGUUCACAGCCAUCCGUCCACCAGUCUGUCUUACCGUCCUUUUGUUAAUGCAGACAACUGCAAGCUACCAGUGACAGCGAAGUAGUUUGUGACAUUUCCAGUGGCCCUGUAAUGUAAUUGCGAACAGGUCACCUGCCACUUUUACUUCCUCCUACAAUGUAAUAAUAUAUCUGUAAACUAGGCUACCUAUUUAAUGAAGUGGGCAAAAGUUUUUAUUAAAUUCAUUCUACUUUUGUAUACAUACUUGGUACCAAAAGUCCAUAAUGUCAAUGAGACUGAAUGAAAUUUAGAGCUUCCCCCUCCAAACUUUCACCUCUCAGAUUGGGAGACAUGUAUGUAGAACUUUUUAUAAAAACUGUGAAAAAUUCUGAUUGUUUUUGUUGACUGUUGAACAGCUUUACGUUUGGCAGUAAAAGAAAAAUUGAUUAUAAAAAUGUCAAUAAUUUAAAUUACUCAUAUUACUGUAUUAUUUUAAAAUCAAAGAAUUACGCUGAUACUGAUUAUUUUGUGUAGCAUCUGUUGCAUAUGUCUGUGUGUAAUACCUACUGUAAACAUUGUCAGUGCAUAAUGCAUAGUUUUGUAUACGUUUCACUUGCCAGCCAAAGUACAAACUGAACUAUAACUGCAAUCUGUGGUAACAAGCCCAAUAUGAGUAACUGCACAGACACGCAAACUGUAAAGCUGAGUCUCAUAUUGUAAAUGUAGUUACUGUAGGACCAAAACUAUAGGGCUUCCAUUCAAAACAACUGCUUCUGUUAAUAAUUUGUGUAUUUGAUUAAGCUGUCAACAUUGUUCAGUGCAUCUCAGAGAAAGAUCUACAUACUAUACAUGAAAAAUUGUCGCAAAAAUCUGUGAAAAUAAAAAUGCUUGUUACCUAAUCUUGUGGAAAAAGUUGCAUUUCACACAGAGAAUCAGAAAAUCUAGAAGACAGAUCUCUGUCAGCGGAAUGAAAAUCAGGCUUACUUUUACCAUCACAAUGAAACACAAAAAGAAAGUGUAGAGACAUAAGUUAGCUAUUAGGUAAGUUAUUGUUAGUUUGUUAGAAGAGAACAUCAUUCUCAGAGUUACCUCAACUACAAGUUCUCCAUACUGAAGAGGAGUCAGAAAUAACUGAAUGAAAGUGCAAUAUUAGUUUCUUUGUUGAUAGACAUUUAUAUUUGUAUUGAAUGUUGUGUGAAGGAAAAUAACUAAUACAAAAUGAAUACAGUUUAGAAUAUUACACAAGUUACCAUUCAUAAGACUUAGUAAUAACUAACUAAAUAAAUGACUUGUUAGAAAGAACAUUAUGAUUGAAAAUGUCAUGCCAUGAUUUAAGUGAAUAAAAUGAGUCUGAUAAUGUU